GCAACUGUUCCUCGGCUUAGAGUAGCCCUCUCCGCGGCACGCGGCCGCCCGCCAGCCACCGAGCUCGGGAGGACGGGGGCGGCCCCCACAGGCGUGCGGCUCCUCCGAGGUCCUAGAGCGGCUCGGUGCGGCCCAGCGCUUCCGCUUCCCGUCCCCGCCCCCGGCGGCCGCCCCCGGGACGCCUGGGUCCGAGCCCCCUCCCGAUUUGGCGCGGAUCCCGCGUCCCGGAGCCGCCAGCGGCUCGGGCACCGGAGCCCAGCCGAGGAGCUCUGGAGGGCACCGGCGUGGCGGAGCCGGUGGUGGCCGGGAGGUGAAGGGGCGGCUGCGUGCCGGAAGGAGCAGCAGGGCGGCGUGCUGGCGAUGGAGCGCGCGGUGGAACCCUGGGGCCCGGAUCUCCAUGGCCGGGAGGAGAGGGAGCAGCUGAGAGGCGCCCGCACAGGUCUAGGGAGUGAGAAUGUGGAGCUUUCUCACCCGGAUGAAUUUGAACAUACUCCACAGGAGGAUGACUUGGGGUUCAAGGAAGAGGAAGAUUUGGCCCCAGGUCAUGAAGUAGGAAAUGCCUCUCUCAAACCGGAAGGCAUCCAGACCUGGGAUGACUUGUGGGUCCAGAGAGAGGGGCCAGGAAAACCUCAGGCUCGGGACAGAGGCCCCCGGCUGCUGGGAGAACCACGCUGGGGCCAGGCUAAUGAUCGGGCUGCUGUGUGUGGCGAGUGUGGCAAGAGCUUUCGGCAGAUGUCAGAUCUGGUGAAACACCAGCGGACCCACACAGGGGAGAAACCCUACAAGUGUGGGGUCUGCGGCAAGGGCUUUGGGGAUAGCUCUGCCCGUAUCAAACACCAGCGAACUCAUAGUGGUGAAAAACCCUACAGAGCCCGGCCACCAGCCCAGGGCCCCCCAAAGAUUCCUCGAUCCAGGAUCCCUGCUGGUGAGCGCCCCACUAUCUGUGGUGAAUGUGGCAAGAGCUUCCGGCAGAGUUCUGACCUGGUGAAACACCAGCGGACACACACUGGCGAGAAGCCCUACAAGUGUGGCAUAUGUGGCAAGGGUUUUGGCGACAGUUCUGCCCGCAUAAAGCACCAGCGGACACACCGGGGGGAGCAGCCACCCCGGCCUGUGAUGCCCCGACGGCAGCCAUCUCGAGCAGCCACGGCAGCUGCACAGGGACCUAAGGCCCAGGACAAGCCAUAUAUCUGCACCGAUUGUGGCAAAAGGUUUGUGCUCAGCUGCAGCCUUUUGAGCCACCAGCGCAGUCACCUAGGGCCCAAACCUUUUGGCUGUGAUGUGUGUGGAAAGGAGUUUGCCCGGGGCUCAGACCUGGUGAAGCACCUGCGGGUGCACACAGGAGAGAAGCCCUACCUGUGCCCUGAGUGUGGCAAGGGCUUCGCUGACAGCUCCGCCCGGGUCAAGCACCUCCGCACCCACAGUGGCGAAAGGCCUCACGCCUGCCCGGAAUGUGACCGCACCUUCAGUCUCAGCUCCACCCUUCUCCGCCACCGCCUCACUCACAUGGAGCCCCAGGACUUCAGCUUCCCAGGCUACCCUCUGGCCCCCCUGAUCCCCAGCCCACCCCCCAGCUCAAGCCCACCCCCACCUCCUCUUGGCACCAGCCCCCCGCUGACACCUCGAAGCCCUUCACACUCGGGUGAUGGGCCUUUUGGCCUGCCUGGUUUGGAGCCAGAGCCUGGGGGCCCACAGGCUGGGGAGCCGCCCCCACCACUGGAGGGUGACAAGCCCCACAAGUGCCCUGAGUGUGGCAAGGGCUUCCGCCGAAGCUCAGACCUGGUGAAACACCAUCGUGUGCACACAGGAGAAAAACCCUACCUCUGCCCUGAAUGCGGCAAGGGUUUUGCCGACAGCUCAGCCCGCGUCAAGCACCUCCGCACCCACCGUGGUGAACGGGCUCGGCCACCACCACCAUCCACUCUCCUGAGGCUGCAUAACCCCCCUGGCACCGCACCCACAGCCCCCCGACCCCGGGUCCGGGCCCAGCCCUCUGUACCCAGCCAGCCCCAUGUAUGUGGCUUCUGUGGGAAGGAGUUCCCCCGGAGCUCAGAUCUUGUCAAACAUAGGCGCACACACACUGGGGAGAAGCCAUACAAGUGUGCAGAGUGUGGCAAGGGUUUUGGUGACAGUUCUGCCCGAAUCAAGCACCAGCGUGGGCACCUGGUCCUGAGGCCCUUUGGGACAGGGGAUGGUCGGGCAAGGCCGCUCAAGGAGGAGCCACUAACAGGACUGGAAUGAUGGGGUCUAGGGAGGGUGGAGGCCCAAGAGACCAAAGGGAGGGUAUCUGCUGCUUAAGCAGAGAAGAAUGGGCCUGGGAGGUAGUGGGGGGGAGAAGGAGGGGAAGAAACGGGAAAAAGGAGUGAAUAGAUAGAAAUAGAGAUUGGAGACAAUGACCUUGAAGCUCAGGAAACUGUCCUGGCUGGGCUCAGGCAGGACCUUGCCAGUGUGGUCUAUACCCCCAGCUUCUAGAACAUUGCCUAGUACACAGUAGGCACUCAGAUACAUUGAAUGAAUCAACUGGCCUUAGCCUGAGGGCCUUUAACCCUAAAUUACUGCUGCCUCUUAACCAGUUAAGAAUUGAUCCCUCCCAACCUUGCCCCUGGGAGACCAGCACCUGGAACCAGGGUUUGUUUGACCUUAUGAGCUGCAACAAUGAGACUUCUGGAGUUUAGGGUGACAGAAUGAGGCAGGGGCAUCUUGAUCAUCCUUCUGAUAGGGAGAAUAUUACUGUGUGGCAGCCAGUACCCAGCCUCAGGACACUGGACAUGGUCUUAGCCAGAAAGGGUGCUCUUGGACAGAGCCCACACCUAUCUGCCCUGGAGAACCCCAAACCACCUUGACACCUGGACAUGGCAGCAUAGACCAGGAUGGCAGAAGGAGCACUCAUCUGCUCCGAAUGCCAAGCCCAGGUCCUUCUGGUGGAUAUCAGCAGAAACAAACUGGCUGGGAAAAGCGCAGGACUGGAGUGAGGAGAGGCCAGGGAAGAUCCAAGGCCCAAAAGCCACAUCUCCAUGUGUCUCCUCACCAAUAAACUGCUUCUUGUCUGAGGCUUGGA